AUGGUUUGGUUUUUUGACUGGAUUUUUAACGUUUUGUCCUCUUUGGGCUUGUACAACAAAAAUGCCAAAUUACUCUUUCUGGGUCUUGAUAAUGCCGGAAAGACUACUCUUUUACAUAUGUUAAAAAAUGACAGACUUGCAACUCUUCAACCCACUCUUCACCCAACGUCUGAAGAGUUAUCUAUUGGCAACGUCAAAUUCACAACUUUUGAUUUAGGUGGUCAUACCCAAGCCAGAAGAUUAUGGAAAGAUUAUUUUCCGGAUGUCAAUGGAAUUGUUUUUCUAGUGGAUGCUGCAGACAGGGAACGUUUCCCCGAAAGCAAGGCUGAGCUAGAUGCUCUUUUUACUAUUCCUGAAUUGAACGGAGUUCCCUUUUUGAUUCUUGGAAAUAAAAUCGAUGAUCCCGCAGCAGCAUCUGAGGAGGAAAUUAGAAUCGCUCUUGGGUUGUAUCAAACAACUGGUAAGGGUAAAGUCAAGCUUGAUACUGGUGUUCGUCCUGUAGAGAUUUAUAUGUGUUCGGUUGUAAUGCGUCAGGGAUAUGGUGAUGGAAUCAAAUGGCUUAGUCAGUAUGUUUAA